AUGUUCAAAUCAUCGCUGCAAGCGCAUAAGCGCAUUGCUUUUGCAUGUCACCGGAGAGCAGCAUCAUUCUCUUUUCUGCCAUCUCUCAAGAUUCGUGUAACCGUUAAUGCAGCCAAUAGCUUUCAUCAUGCGUACUCUACUAAACCCCUCCCAAAGCUCACUGCUGAAUCAUAUCCUAACGUUACGCGUUCUUCGAGCUUCAAAGAGUUAUCCCCAGAGGAUAUGAAGUUUUUUAGAUCAGUUCUUUCAGAACAAGAGAUUCUUUCUUCGACGAACGAAGAAGAUCUGGCAUUUUUCAACGAAGAUUGGAUGAGGAAAUACAGAGGCCAGUCAAAGUUGGUAUUGAGGCCAAAGACGGUUGAACAAAUCUCCAAGAUCUUGAAAUACUGUAACGAGAACAAACUAGCGGUCGUUCCUCAAGGUGGUAACACAGGAUUGGUUGGUGGGUCCAUCCCAGUGUUUGAUGAAAUCGUACUAAGCUUGACCCAACUCAACAAGAUUAGGGACUUUGAUCCUGUGAGCGGUAUUUUAAAAUGUGAUGCAGGUGUCAUUUUGGAAAAUGCGGAUGCUUUUCUAGCAGAACAUGGUUACAUCUUUCCUCUAGACUUGGGAGCCAAGGGUUCUUGUCACGUCGGUGGUGUUGUAGCGACAAAUGCAGGCGGCUUGAGACUUCUCCGCUAUGGGUCCUUACAUGGUACUGUACUAGGCUUGGAAGUAGUUCUUCCUAACGGUGAGAUCAUGGACAGCAUGCAUUCCUUGAGGAAAGACAAUACUGGGUAUGAUCUCAAACAAUUAUUCAUUGGGUCCGAGGGUACUAUUGGUGUGGUGACAGGUGUUUCAAUCCUAACUCCACCUCGUCCAAAGGCUUUUAAUGUCAGUUUCUUGGGUGUUGAAAGUUUUGACGCUGUUCAGAAAGUGUUUGUACGGGCCAAACAGGAACUAUCCGAAAUUUUAUCUGCCUUCGAGUUCAUGGAUUUGAACUCACAAAAGUUGACGAAACUUCAUCUCAAAGAAGCCAUUCACCCUCUAGAGGAAGAGUAUCCAUUUUACAUUCUGAUCGAAACUUCCGGCUCGAACAAGGAACACGACGAUGCUAAGUUGGAAGCUUUUCUGGAAAAAACCAUGGAGGAGGGACUAGUGCUUGAUGGUGUCGUGGCGCAGGACGAGACCGAACUGCGUAACUUGUGGCAAUGGAGAGAAAUGGUCCCUGAAUCUAGCCAGGCCGGAGGUGGUGUGUACAAGUAUGACGUAUCUCUUCCAUUGAAGGACCUAUAUUCUUUGGUAGAAGCCGCUAACCAAAGACUGGAAGAAAAGGGCCUAUUAAGCCCAGAUGAUGCUUCAAAGCCCGUGAUCAGUGCCGUCGGCUACGGACAUGUCGGUGACGGUAACCUUCACUUGAAUGUUGCUGUGAGAGAAUACACGAAGGAUGUCGAGAAUGCCCUCGAGCCAUUUGUUUAUGAGUUUGUUUCAUCGAAGAGCGGUUCUAUCAGUGCAGAACAUGGUCUUGGCUUCCAGAAAAAGAAUUAUAUUGGUUACUCGAAGAGCGAACAAGAAAUCAAGAUGAUCAAAGACCUAAAGUCACAUUACGAUCCAAACUCUAUUCUCAACCCUUAUAAAUACGUUUAA